GCUGCGAGGAGAAGGAGGCGGGGCAAAACUCCCGCAACGAGGAAAGGAGCGGUGCUGCUUCUGCGACGUCACCCGCAUCUCCGCCCUCUCAUUGGUCGCGACGCCUCCGGAGCCUCUGCCGUCCUGGGGACGUGGCCGGAGCGCUCCUGGUCUCCGCGGGCACAGAACCGCGGCGAGCUUCCCGGUGCCGGGAAGGAGAACCUCGCGAAUGUCGUCGCCGGCCCGGGGAAGGUGUGCGCUGCCUCUCCGCCUGGCGACCAGGCGCGCUCCCUGAAAUCAGCUGCUGCGAUUUGAAGUGUCCGGGGUCCCUCCGUCUCUUGCGGUUGGAGGAAAGAGAGAUGCGACUGCCUCCCGGGGACCGACGAGGGAGCUGCCGGUGAGCGACUGGGAGGGAAGGAGCACAUGGCCAGGAUCAGUUUUUCCUGCCUGUGUCCAGCAUCUUGGCACUUUACAGUACCUUCAGUAAGCCUUUGUCUCCGUCAGCGGCUGGCCCUGCUAGGCCUCCUCCUUGGCGCCUGCCUGCUCCUCUUACUUCUGGCAAUUACCAAUCUGUGGCGCUGGAGGGCUGACUCUCAGGACAGACAGUUUGAAAGAUAUUUAGCGCGGUAUCGAGCCUUGGAAGCUACAGACACGGAGAACCUAGCUCUGAGUUACGGGGUUGUGGUUGACUGUGGGAGCAGUGGGUCUCGAGUCUUUGUGUAUUUUUGGCCCCCACACAAUGGGAAUCCCCAUGAUCUGCUGGACAUCCGACAGAUGCGAGACCACAGCAGCCAACCAGUCGUCAAGAAAAUCAAGCCAGGGAUCUCCACAUUGGCAAGAACACCAGAGAAAGCGAGUGACUAUAUGAGGCCCUUGCUCAGCUUUGCUGCUGCGUAUGUGCCCAAGGUCAAGCACAAGGAGACCCCCCUCUACAUCUUGUGUACUGCAGGGAUGAGGCUGCUGCCUGACUGGCAGCAGGCGGCCCUCCUUGAGGACCUGGUGAGGGAUGUGCCCUUGGAGUUUGACUUCCUUUUCUCAGAAUCACAUGCAGAGGUGAUUUCAGGGAAACAAGAAGGUGUCUAUGCUUGGAUAGGCAUCAACUUUGUCCUGGGGAGAUUUGACCAUGAAGAAGAAGAAGAUGCUGUGGUGUCUGUGACCCUGGCUGGCCAGGAAGAGCCCUUAGUGCGAAAGAGGACUGUGGGAAUCCUUGACAUGGGAGGUGCCUCUCUGCAGAUAGCCUACGAGGUGCCCAGUUCCACCUCCUUUUCUUCACCACAGGAGGAAGAAGCUGCCAAGAGCCUCCUUGCUGACUUCAACCUCGGCUGUGAUGUGCAACACACAAAGCAUGGCUACCGUGUCUAUGUCAACACUUUCCUGGGCUUUGGGGGCAACUUUGCCCGGCAGCGCUAUGAAGCAUUGAUGCUGAAUCGGACUGUCGCCCACAACAGAUUGCGAGGUGAACAGAUGGGGUUGAAUCCUGAGUUGCCCAUCUUAGACCCUUGCCUGCCUGUGGGACUGGAGGAUGUUGUGAAUCAGAGUGGCCAGACCCUGCACAUUAGGGGCCAAGGAGAUUGGCAGGCCUGUGCUGAGCAACUGCUGCCCUUAUUGGCUGGAGAAAACAGGAGCCAGGUUUCUUUGAGUAACACCUAUCAGGCACCGAUUCACUUCACAAACAGCGAAUUCUACGGCUUCUCUGAAUUCUACUACUGCACCGAUGAUGUGCUGCGCUUGGGAGGACCAUAUCACAGCCCCACAUUCACGCGUGCAGCCCAGGAUUAUUGCAGCCUGAGUUGGUCAGUACUGACGCAGAGGUUUCGAGACAAGUUAUACUCGCCGCAUGCAGACCUGCACCGUGUCAAGUACCAGUGCUUCAAGUCUGCUUGGAUGCACCAAGUCCUGCACGAAGGGUUCCAUUUCCCCAGGGAUUACUCUGGCCUACGCACAGCCCAACUGGUGUAUGACCGCGAAGUGCAGUGGACGCUGGGAGCUAUUCUCUUUAAAACCCGCUUCCUGCCUCUCAGGGAUAUCCGACAGGAGAGCAUCCGUCAGCCUCACAGCCCUUGGCUUCGUCUCUCCUUCGUCUAUAACCACUAUCUCAUCUUUGGGUGCAUCCUUGUAGUGAUGCUUGCCAUUGGGCUCUACCUCCUCCGUCUACGUCGCAUCCACCACCAGCAGCUUCAUCCAGCUACCCUUGACCUGCUGUGGCUUGCUGAAGUGGUGCCACUAUCGGCACAGGAGCCAGGCUCCUGAUGAAAGAGCUACCUCCUUAUGGACUCAUCCAUGCGAUCCUUCUGGCACUCUUUUUUGAACAGACCAAAAGCUGUUAUUUCCUUGGGGUUUCGUAGCCCAGAAUUCUGUAGCACGCAGGCUCAGUGUCUGCUCAGUGUUGUCCGCUGCUGCCCAACAAAAGAAGGCUCAUAACUCGAACAGGCGUUAAGUGGUUUCUUCUGUGCCCGGAGGCAGUUUAGGAUAAUCAUAGACAGGAGCUGCAAGAAAGGACAAAAGCUGUCCUUUUCCAUUUCUUACCAUGGACAGAAGGCACCAUGUUUGUAAGUGACCAAAGAGAACUUGCUUUACUCAGGAAGGGAAGGAAAAAAAUCCUGGUGUGGCGUCUCCCAGAAAAGGAAACAAUUCCUUAUUUAUCUCUAUUAUGAGUGUAGGCAUUUUUGUUUGCUUAAUGCUUAAUACCUACAAGGACCAAAUGUAUAUGUCCUUGUGACAAAGGAAGUUGUUUUAUUUUUUUAAAGCAACUUGCUCCUUUUUUCCACCUACUGUCUCCCUCCUCCCUCAGUGGGGACCCCAAAUGACUUUUGCACACACACACAGUAUGAUGGUGGUCUGAAAUGCUGUGUUACACAAUUGUGUCUCAUUGCUGUUGGCUCAGAAGAGGGGCUUUUAGCUAUUCUUGAUCCACAGGAGAUCACACUGAAAAAUGGAACUAGUGGGUUCAACUUGUUUUCGCAGUCACAGCUAGCCCUUAGCAUUUGAAUCAACGAUGGGCAAUGUUUCAUAAGGUAAAUUGGUUUAAUACUUGAACUCCAGUUACUGUAGCAAUAAACCAUGUUGACCUGGACAACCAGGGCUUUUUGAUGAUGUUA